CCUGUGACAUCAAGAUCAAGUAACAAAACACCAAACGUAAACAAACAAGCCGCGGUCUCGCUGUCACCACGCUCACGUAUUGCAAGAACUAAGAUAAAUAAAUAACCCAACGAUAUAUAGGAAGGAAAACCAAGAAGAGAGACCUGGGAAGUGAUUCAAAGCGGCAAAGGUCAAGAAAUAAGAUAAAAACACCUUCUAUUCAAGUGCUGAGAGGUGCUGACCAUGGCCUAGCGUGACGCCCCAAGCACCGCCCUAGUCAGCACCAGUGGCAGGUCAGCAGCAUGUCUGAGCGCGGGGACAAGGGUGCCUCCUCCUCCUCAUCAUCGUCAUCAUCAUCUCGCAAGUCCGGGCUCGUCUCCUUCCUCUCCGGCAAGCCUAUUGAGAUUCCUGAGAAGCACCUGUUUGGAAAAUGCAGAUUUGUCGGAGAAUUCGAGAAACUAAAUCGCAUUGGAGAGGGAACCUAUGGCGUCGUUUACCGGGCGCGGGACACCAAGACCAAUGAAAUUGUGGCGCUAAAGAAGAUGCGGAUGGAGAAGGAGAAGGACGGGAUGCCGAUCUCUGGGCUGCGGGAGAUCAUGCUGCUCCAGGCGUGCAGCCACCCCAACAUUGUGUGCCUGAAGGAGGUGGUGGUGGGCCGCAGCCUGGAGAGCAUCUUCCUGGUGAUGGAGUACUGUGAGCAGGACCUGGCCAGCCUCCUGGACAACAUGCAGAAGCCCUUCCUGGAGACACACGUCAAGUGCAUCAUGAUGCAGGUGUUCAAGGGCCUGACAUACCUACACAAGAAAGAGAUUGUGCACCGAGACGUCAAAGUGUCCAACCUUCUCCUCACCAACAUGGGAACCAUCAAGAUUGCUGACUUUGGCCUGGCCCGUGAGCUGGGGUAUCCCAUGUCCCCCAUGACGCCCCAAGUGGUCACCCUGUGGUAUCGCGCCCCAGAAUUGCUCUUCCAGACCAAGACCCAGACCUCCGGCGUGGACAUGUGGGCGGCCGGCUGCAUCCUGGGGGAGCUGCUCCUUCACAAGCCGCUGCUGCCUGGGAAGUCCGAGAUUGACCAGAUCAACCUCAUCAUCGACCUUCUUGGCACACCCAACGACAACAUCUGGCCUGAGUUUUCACAGCUGCCGGCCAUCGAGAAUUUCACCCUCAAAGCGCAGCCGUACAACAACCUCAAGACACGCUUCCCGGGCCUCUCCCCCUCCGGCCAGCGCCUCCUCAACUUCCUCUUCAUGUAUGACCCCAAACGCCGCGCCACCGCAUCUGAGUGCCUCGAGAGCUCAUACUUCAAGGAGCAACCACUGCCAUGUGACCCCAGGAUGAUGCCGACCUUCCCCCAGCACCGCAACCUCAAGCAGACCCCAGGGCAGCCCCAGUCGGCAUCAGCGCUGGUGGGGGCGCCAGGGCUGGGCCAGAUGUUCCCGGGCUCAGCGGUCAACCUCUACCCCCAGGAAAGGGGGAUGAUGGACCCGGCCGCUGCUUCUUCGGCCAAGAUGGGCUACAAUGACAUCUUUGCCUCGCUCACACGGAGAUAAUGACAGGGUUUGGGGGUUGGGGGUGUCCAGCUUUUGUAGUGACUGUGGUUAUUCUUUUUUUUUUUCUUGUAUUUUUUCUUCUAUCGCAUUCUUUUUUAUCUUACUUUCUCGUGGAUAAUUUUCUUCAUUUUCACCACUCUGCUUUUUUUUCUUUAUCUUUUUGUGCAUAUUCUUUCUUCUCUUUCAUUGUUCUGUUUCUUGUGGAUGUGAUUUUUUUUUUUUUUUUUUUUCCAUCUUUGACGCCUGCUCCUAGGAGCUCUCACUAGGGGAUGGCCACAGCAGAAGAGUUUCCAUCUCUCUCCAUCCAGGCACUCCCUCCUUGCCUGCUCAAAGUUUCUCAAGGAUCUUUCACCCCUCUCCGUGACAUACUCCUGCACCCUAUAUCUCCACUUCACUAGAGGUCAUCCUCUAGCAUUCCCUCCCUCUAUCUCACUCACAUACACCCUCCUGGUCAUCUUACUCUCCUCCAUUCGCUCCAUGUGGCCAAACCACUUUAAAGUCUGUCGCUUCACUUCUUCCACCACUCCACACUCCUUCCCUUCACCCCUGUGACACAUUCCAAAACGCUCGUACACGCUUUCAUUACUCAUUCCAUCCAUUCUACUCACACCACAAGCACUCCUCAAAUAACUCAUUUCCACUGCCUGCACUCUAGACCUCUGACUCUCAUUCCAGGCCCAUGUUUUGCUUGCAUAUGUGAGGGUUGGUACUAUUACUGUAUUUCUCAAAUCCCUCUUUACCUCCAUGCUCACACUUUUGCCAUUCAUGAUACGUCCCAAAGACCCUACCACCUUUCUUCCUUGCAAUGCCCUUUCUCUUGUCUCUCUUUCUGUACCACCAUCCUUACACAUAACUGAUCCGAGGUACUUAAACUCAUUAACCACCUCCAUUUCUUCACCAUUCAAAAUUAUUUUUCAUUCUUUUUCACAUUCAAUUCCCACUCUAUAUGGACAUACAAAAUCCACAACGUCACUUCUACUGUGCUCAUAAACCAUCAUUUUACUUUUGUUGACAUUUACUUUAUAUUUCUCCUUUUACAGACACUAUCAAAAACACUGAAUGAUGACAGAUGUUUAUUGUUCUCUUCAGAUAUUUGUCUCUCCUGGUUUCUCCUACAUUUCCCUCUUGGUUUUGUUUUCCUUUCUUAAUUUUCUUGUGUAUGUUUCUUUUUUUGUUCUCUACCUUCUGAUAUUUGUUUCUCAUAGUUUCAUCUACACUUUCAUUUUCCUUUAUUUCCCUCUCAGUCUUUUCUCUCCUUUCUACUUUUCUACUUAUCAUUGUUCUUGUCUUCCUUUUUAUCCUUUCUCUUUCAUCCUUUUUCCUUUCCUUCUAUGCUCCUCCUCAUGUUUCUCCUGCUGUUUCCCUUUCUUUCUGCUGCACAUUAUAUUCUUCUCCUCUCCUUUUAUUCCAUUCUUGUCUGCUUUUCUUUCUCAUUAUCUCAUGUUUCUUUAUUCUGUCUACCGCUGUGAAGUCUCCUGUUUGCUGGCACCGAAGUAGAUGUCAUUAGAGAUGGGUGAAUCUUCUUUUUCUGAUGUCUUAUUGAUUUUGUUCUCCCUGUUGUUACCCUUUUUUUCCCUCAUAACCUCCUCCUCCUCCUCUAUAUAUUACUUUACUAUUAACUUUUUCCUCCUCCUCCUUCUCCUCUUUCUAUUACUACUACAGCAUUUAAGUUUUUUCCUCCUCUUAUUUAUCUGAUCUCUUACUAACUUGUUCUCUCUACUUUUAACAUUUUUUCUCAUAACCUCCUCCUCCUAUUUCUACUACUAAAAAUACUUCAGCCUCCUCCUUAUAUUACUACUACUACUACUACUACUGCUACCAUGACUGCGACUACUUAAGACCUGGUUGUGUAUUGUGUGUAUUACCUACAUAAGAAGCUCAAUAAAGUUGUAAGUUGAUAA